GAUUAUUACCGCCCGGGGACGGGUGCUCGGCCCCGCCCCCUCGCGACCGACGAGCCAACGGAGGAGGACUCUGACGGUUGCUAAGGGAAACCGCUAGCGGCAAGAUGGCAGCCUCCGGCGAAGGGAGGCUGAGCGGCCGCCGGCCGCGCCGGGACCCACGGGGGCGGCCGCCGCGCGACGGUUACGGUGUCUACAUAUACCCAAAUUCUUUCUUUCGAUACGAAGGAGAAUGGAGAGGAGGGAAGAAGCAUGGUCAUGGGAAGCUGCUGUUUAAAGAUGGAAGUUAUUAUGAAGGCGAGUUUGUAGAUGGAGAGAUCACGGGAGAAGGCUGCCGGCACUGGGCCUGGUCAGGGAACACCUAUUCUGGACAGUUUGUCCUGGGAGAGCCUCAGGGACAUGGUGUCAUGAAGUACAAAGCCGGUGGACACUAUGAAGGGGAGCUGUCCCAUGGAGCGAGAGAGGGGCACGGAUGUCUGGUGGACCCGGACGGACAGACAUACUGGGGGUCGUUCCAUGACAACAAGCGGCAUGGCCGUGGGCGGAUGGCCUUUCGGAAUGGUGACACGUAUGAAGGCGACUGGGUCUGGGACCAGCGUCAGGGGCACGGGGUGCUCUGCUGUGCCGACGGCUCCACCUACAAGGGACAGUGGCAUGGCGAUGUCUUCAGUGGACUGGGCAGCAUGAUUCACUGCUCCGGGGUCGUCUACCAUGGGAUGUGGAUCAACGGCCACCCAGUGGCACAAGCCACGAGGAUGGUGAUUUUGGGUCCAGAGGUGAUGGAGGUGACCCCAGGGUCUUCGUUGGAGUUGAGCGUUCAGCUGCAGCAGGACAAUGGCGAGGUCGCCAAGGGUGAGAAUGGACGAGUUCUGAAGAUCUCAGCGGGCGUCAGGUACGUGCAACUGCCAGCAUACUCAGAGGUCAGCUUCUUCAAAGUGGACGGAGACAGCCAAGAGACGCCCGUCCAGAGCCCGCUGGGCUUUGAGCACAUCACCUAUCCACUGUCCAGCCCCACGUCUGGGGGCCCAGAGCCCAGAGCUGCCCUGGAAAGUGCCGGAGCCAACUCACUGCCCGCCAAGGAAGACCUGGAGUCAGCACUGGCAUCAGACACCUUGUGUGGCCGGGGGAACACCCCCAACAGCCUGCCUGCCAGGAGACACAAACCCGGCCAGCCUGAGGACUGUCAGCGCGUGGAAAACGGCUGUGCCCGGUUCUUGGACAUCCGCCUUGGGCCCUGUCCACCUGCAUACCACCCUGUCUUCUUCUUCGAUGGCUUCCCCCAGAAGGCAGGCAGCGGACCCAGAGGCAGCCCGGGCAAGACGAUGGCCGCCGAGCAGGACCCUCCAGGAGGCAGCAGGCCCACCGGUGCCGCCGCGGCUCCGCAAGCAGCAGCGUUCCCAGGUGAGUAUGUCAUCAUGAUCCACGACGUGACCAGCCCUCCGUUCCUGGGCCGGACGCUGCCCACUGCCUUCAAACACCUUCGGGUCACGGGGAAGAGGGCAGGCCGGCAGCCCCAGGCCCCUGGAGAAGGCCAUGAAGCCCUGGGCUAG